GGGCAAAAAACAGGGCUCAAAAUUCCAUUAAAACUCCUCUCUGAUAUUCAUCAUUAUCCCCAAUUUUUCUACGUUGUUCUUCAUUUUAACCUAAAGAAUCUUGUUUGGGGAUAAACCUCUUUAUCAGGUAAGUAACCCCAAUUAACUUCUUUUUGCCAAUAUUCUGCAAAAUCCCCCAUCUUUUUUUUGGGCAAAAAAAUGAUAAAACCCGCCAAUAUUUUCCCUUUUUCCUCUCAGAAAACCAAUUUCAGUUUAGCUUUUUUGCUAAAUUUUGUUUAGGGUUCAUGCUGCGAUGUUUAUAUGCAGAAUCAGGAGAAAAGUCUCUAAGUUGUCUAAAAUGAUUGCUAAUUUGGACAAGUUUGUUGUUUUCUCUCAUGUUGUCUAUGAUAAAUCCGAUGUUGUUCAAAACCCAUGUUCUGUUUCAUUGAAUGCUAGAUCUUUUAGGAGUUCUAGACUUCUCUGUGAGUCCGUACAAUCAUCGAGUUCGGGUUUAGCGAUUCAGAUCUCGCGAACGGCUAAAACCGGGGCUCGAGAUGUUUUAUUCGAAUACUUGCAUUCCACUAGGGGCUUUAGUUUCAUGGAUGCUGAACAUAUAAGCAAGAACUCGCCUCAUUUUUUUGAAAAAUUGUUGUCCAAGUUUGAUCCUGAGGAAGAUGUGGUGAAAUCUUUGUCUAAAUUCCUUAGAUACAAUCCUGUUAACGAGUUUGAACCGUUCCUCGAGAGUCUUGGGUUGAGCCCUGCGGAGAUAACGUCUCUCAUUCCGCAGAGAUUGAUGUUUUUAACUGAUGAUAGUGUCAUGCUCGAGAAUUUUCGUGUCUUACGGGAUUAUGGGAUUCCUCGUAUUAAGAUGGGAAACAUGUACAAGGAGUCUAGGGAGAUCUUCGAAUAUGAUUACGGGAUAUUGGCUUCGAAACUUAAGGCUUACGAGAAUUUGGGUCUCAGCAAAGCAAUAGUUAUAAAGCUUGUUAGUUGUUGCCCAUCUCUUUUGGUCGGUGGUGUUGAUGCGGAAUUUGCUGCGGUUCUCGAGUGGUUUAAAGAAUUAGGAAUGAAGAAGGAUGAGAUUGGAGGGUUUGUAUCGGGUAAGGGCAUAUAUGAUUGGGGUAGAAUGCUCGACACACUUGAUUUUCUCGAUAGAGUGGGUUAUACUGAUGAGCAGUUACAUAAUUUGCUUAAAACAAAUCCGGCAUUGUUGUUUCAAGGUUCUGGGAAGAAGGUUUAUGUACUAUUUGGCCGGUUACUCAAAUUAGGUCUCAAGAUGAACGAGGUUUAUUCCUUGUUUAUGCAGAAUCCGCAUAUCUUGUCGGUUAAGUGCACCAAAAACUUUUGUAAGGCAUUGGAUUUCUUGUUUGAUAUUGUGAUGCAAACCGAAGAUAUUGUGCACAUUGUAUCUACACGCAUGGAACUAAUGGGUUCGUAUUCUUUGAAAGGACCUAAAACGGUUUGUAGAGAGUUAAACGUUAAGAGAGAUGAAUUAUGCCAAAUUAUAAAGGAGGAUCCGUUGAAAUGGUUUGAUGUGGCUUCAAAAUCGAAGAUUCAAAGCAGUAUCCGGGUAGCUUCGAAAGAUCCAAGUACAUUCCUUGAGAAAACAGCUUUCUUAUCGAGAUUAGGCUAUUUGGAAAACUCAGACGAGAUGUUGAAAGCAUUGAAGCAGUUCCGAGGCAGAGGGGAUCAACUUCAGGAGAGAUUCGAUUGUUUGGUAAAUGCAGGUUUGGACAGCAACGUUGUCAAGAACCUAAUCAAACAGGCUCCGAUGGUGCUUAACCAGUCGAAGGACUUGCUCGAGAAGAAAAUCGAUUGCUUAACAAACUGGUUAGGGUACCCGCUCGAAUCCGUUGUGGCAUUCCCUGCAUAUUUAUGUUACGACAUGGAAAGAAUUAAUCAAAGGUUUUCGAUGUAUGCUUGGCUAAGGGAGAGAGGAGCCGCCAAGUCGAUGUUGUCAUUGAGCACCAUACUCGCGUGUUCGGAUGCUCGAUUUGUCAAGUAUUUCGUAUUAGUCCAUCCUGAAGGUCCAGCCAAAUGGGAUAGUCUAAAGAAUUCAUUGAAUACAGCGUAAGUUAAUUUCUUCUCAUUAUAGUGUAUAUAAUAUAUAUACACACAUACAUAUAUAUGUGGUGUUCUAAUAAGAGGAUUCAUUGAGUUUUUGUUUUAAUUCUUGAUUUUAAACUUAAUUUAUUUAAUUUUCACAAUAAGUCUAAUGGUUCAAAUGUUGGAAA